GCAAAUACCGAGGCACAGGAUCCAAAAUGUAGGACACUAUUGUUAGUUGCCGUUGGGCAAGGGGAUAAAGAAACAGUUAGAGUAUUACUAGAGAAUAGGGCAGAUAUUGAAGUGCGAGAUCCGAAAGGUGACACACCGUUAUUGGCUGCCGUUAGGGGAGGAGAUGAAGGAAUAGUCGGGGUGCUGCUUGAGAAAGGUGCCAUCGUUGAUGCGCGGGAUCAAGAUGGUCGGACACCACUCUUAUGUGCCGCUUCUGGUGGGCACGAGGGCAUUAGCGGAGUACUGCUAGAGUCUGGGGCGGACAUCGAGGCUCGGAAUAGGCAGUCUGAGACAGCGCUGUUCCUAGCUGCUCGGGAGGGGCAUUUCGCCAUUGUCCAGCUGCUUCUCCAACAUGGUGCGGAGGCCAAUAUUCGUAAUUGGAAUGGCCAUACACCAAUGGCAAUCGCCAAUGCGAAGGGCCGGAAAGCGAUUGUCAAGUUACUGUGCGAUAAACUUGCCAGCCAUGCAUAUCGUAACUCGCUGUAA